AUGUCGCCAGCAGCAGCUGCUGCUGCUGCGGCUGCUGCUGCCCUUGCUGCAGCAGCACUAGCUGCGCGCAGGAAGGGAGAUGCAGCAGCCGAAGCAGCCAGGCAGCAAGCAGCAGCAGCAGCAGCACAGGUGGAAGCAACUGUGGCCAGCCAGCAGCAGCCGCAGCAGCCACGGCUGCCAGCGAGCGUUAUAGCAGCAGCAGAAGCAGCAAAGGCAGCAGCAGCGAAGAUUUCUGCUGCGCUGGCUGGGAAUCUGAAGUCCUGA